GCCCAGUGCGCAGCCGCGGCCGGUGCGGGGGGCGGCGGGGCGGGCGGCGGGCGCACAACAGCCCGCACCGGGCGGCGGCGCGGCACGGCUCGGCGCGGCUCCGCUCCGCGAGGCUCACGGGGCCGGGACAGGAUGGCGGCCCCCGAGGCCGGCAGCACAGGUGGGGUGAUCAGCUACGUGGGCUCCAGCGGCGCCUCUCCCACCCGCACCAGCCCCGUGUCCCUCUGCAGCGACAGCUCCAACAGCAGCUCCCAGUCGGGCUCGCAGCCCUUCCCCACCUACUUCCCACCGUCGCCCACCGGCUCCCUCCAGGAUUCCCGCGCCUAUGGCGGAGCCACGCUGGCCCCCCAUGAAGACGGCUCCCCUUCUUCCUCCUCCUCGUCAUCCUCCUCCUCCACCUCCUCUUCCUCGUACAGCUCCUCGGUGAAUUUCCCCGGGGUGCAGCCGGUCCCCGCGGACGAGCGGCGCCGCAGCUCGCCAAGCAAAGCCGGCAGCACCGUCACGAAGCUCAACGGGAUGGUGCUGCUCUGCAAGGUCUGCGGGGACGUCGCCUCCGGCUUCCACUACGGCGUCCACGCCUGCGAGGGCUGCAAGGGCUUCUUCCGUCGCAGCAUCCAGCAGAACAUCCAGUACAAGAAGUGCCUCAAGAACGAGAACUGCUCUAUCGUCCGCAUCAACCGCAACCGCUGCCAGCAAUGCCGCUUCAAGAAGUGCCUGCUGGUCGGCAUGUCCCGUGAUGCCGUGCGCUUCGGGCGCAUCCCCAAGCGGGAGAAGCAGCGGAUGCUGGCGGAGAUGCAGAGCGCCAUGGGCGGCAUGGCCCCUGCCCCACCGCCGAUGCCGGGGCCCGGCGAGGGUCCCGCCGCGGGCGGGGGGCACGCAGCGCCCCCCGGCCCCCCGCCGUCGCCCCCCCCCGCCUGCUUCUCCCAGUUCCCGCAGCAGCUGACACCGCCCCGCUCGCCCAGCCCCGGCGGGGCCACCGAGGAUGUCAUCGCGCAGGUGGCCAAGGCCCACAAGGAGAUCUUCAUCUACGCGCACGACAAGCUGGGACCCCCUCCCGCCUGCGACAGCGGCCUCCUGCGCUGGGACGCGCCCCCCGCCUGGGCCCCCGGCCCCCCCGAGCCCCGGCUGUGCCCCCCCGCCUACCCCGAGCCCCCGGCCCCACGGGGGUGCCCCUGGCCCCGCGGCCCCAAGGACGUCCUGCCGGCGUGCCCCAUGAACAGCCACGUGCCCGGCCGCAGCGGGCGCUCGGUGCAGGAGAUCUGGGAGGAUUUCUCCCUCAGCUUCACCCCCGCCGUCCGCGAGGUCGUGGAGUUCGCCAAGCACAUUCCCGGCUUCCAGGCGCUCUCCCAGCACGACCAGGUCACCCUGCUCAAGGCUGGCACCUUUGAGGUGCUGAUGGUUCGCUUCGCGUCGCUGUUCGACGUGAAGGAGCAGACGGUGACGUUCAUGAGCCGCACGCGGUACGGGCUGGAGGAGCUGUGGGCCAUGGGCAUGGGGGACCUGCUGGGGGCCAUGUUCGACUUCAGCGAGAAGCUCAGCGCCCUGGAGCUCAGCGACGAGGAGCUGGGGCUCUUCACCGCCGUCGUCCUUGUCUCGGCAGACCGCUCGGGCAUGGAGGACACGGCAUCAGUGGAGCAGCUGCAGGAGACGCUGCUGCGGGCCCUGCGCGCCCUGGUGCUGAAGACGCGCCCCGCCGAGACCUCGCGCUUCACCAAACUGCUGCUGAAGCUGCCGGACCUGCGCACCCUCAACAACCUCCACUCCGAGAAGCUGCUCUCCUUCCGCAUCGACGCCCAGUAGUGCCCCCCCGGACCCCCCCAACCGCGCACCCCUGUACAUACAUCCACACAGCGAGGGAUGGGGGGCACACACAGACUUCCCCCUCCCCCGGGGCAGCACCGACCCCGUGGCGCCCGUCGGACUCGCAAGGGAUUCACCCCAAGGUGGGCGCCAGGAUGCUGGGGACCCCCGCCCCAAAUCGGGCACCGCCCCCCACGGCACCGCUGGCAGCGCCGGGGGGUCCCCUCGCCCCACACCCCCGUUCUGGGGGCCGGGGGUGGGACACAGAGGCCGGAUCCAGCCGUGCUGGGGGGGGGUGGA